AUGGACUGGGGAGCUCUGCAGAACAUCUUAGGAGGUGUGAAUAAACACUCCACCAGUAUUGGGAAGAUAUGGCUCACAGUCCUGUUCAUCUUCCGUAUCAUGAUCCUGGUUGUAGCAGCAGAAAGAGUCUGGGGAGAUGAACAACAAGACUUCGUCUGCAACACACUUCAACCUGGGUGCAAAAAUGUUUGCUAUGACCAUUUUUUCCCCAUCUCUCAUAUCAGACUCUGGGCCUUGCAGCUGAUCUUUGUUUCCACACCUGCACUGCUGGUGGCCAUGCAUGUAGCUUACACUAGGCAUGAGAAGAAAAAGCGUUUCAGAAAUGGUGAGAAAAUUGAUAUCGAAGAGCUGAAAAAUGAGAAGAUUCACAUCCAGGGCCCCCUGUGGUGGACAUACACCAGCAGCAUCUUCUUCAGGAUCAUCUUUGAAGCCAUCUUCAUGUACGCUUUCUACUACAUGUAUGAUGGGUACCAAAUGCCUCGCCUGGUAAAGUGUAAUGCAUGGCCCUGCCCCAACACAGUGGAUUGUUUUGUUUCUCGGCCCACUGAGAAAACCACAUUCACUAUUUUCAUGCUUGCUGUGUCUGGGAUCUGCAUGAUGUUAAAUUUGGCUGAAUUGUGUUACCUAAUGAUAAAAGUUUGCAUGAGAGAACGCAGGAAAUCAACAGCUUUAAAAUAA